AUGUCAACCACAACAGACGACAUCAAAUCCGGCGUAAAGGGCCUCAAUGUCCACGACGCACAACAGGCACCGGCCGACGCCAAGCCAAGCACAAAAUCACAAGUUCAAGGGGACGAAUUCAAGGUCCCAGCCGGCCCAACAGUCCAACACGCAGAGAACUACGACGAGGCGCCCCCCGGUGUCCCGGGCCCGGACCACUCGGCCCGGGACGCCCUCCGCCAGCAGGCCAAGCCGGUGUUCAACCGCGGGCCCUCGAUGCUCGACUUCACAGCCGUGACGUCCGCGGGGCCGACGCCGGCGGGCGAGUUGCCGCACGCGGGGUCCUACUUUGACGGGUCGCGGCGGCGCGAGUCACACCUGCCCGACGACGACGAGGACGUGGAGAUGAUGAGGAGGCAGACGGUGACGGAGACGGACACGGAGCUGCCCCGGCGGGUCCCCGGUGACGAGGUGCGUGGGUCGGAUGCGUUUGCGCCGAGCGUGUCGCGCCGGGAGACCGAAAGUGGUGUGCAUGACGCGACGAGCGGGUGGACUGGGGCAAGUGACACGUUUGGCAGUCAUGCAUAG